GCAAACCUCACCAUACAUUUUUAUAUUUUAUUGGACUUUCGAGUCGCCGCCUCUCUCCCACUCAUAAAUCUGGUUUAUUUGGGUCGCGCCGUACGAAAACAGGGAAAAUAGGGAAAGCGAAAAAAGUAGAACACGGAGAGAAAAACAAACAGAGGAUAAAAAUGAGGGCUUCAGUGAAUCGGCCUCCGACUCCUGAUGCUGACGAGGAUGAUGAUGAUGGUGAUGCUCAUACUCAACACCACCACCACCACCAGCAGCUUACCCUCCAAGAAAUCAUCAACAUCAAGUUGAUUGAAAGCGGCGAGAAGGAGAAGCUAAAGGAACUUCUGCGAGAAAGGCUUAUAGAUUGUGGCUGGCGAGACGAAAUGAAAGCUCUAUGCAGGGCUUUUACAAUGAAGAAAGGAAGAAACAAUGUCACAGUGGAUGAACUUAUACAUGUCAUUACCCCAAAAGGAAGAUCUUCGGUUCCAGAUGCUAUAAAGGCUGAACUCCUUCAACGCAUCCGAUCCUUUCUCAUGACUGCUGCUCUUUGAUCUUCCUCCCUCAGGGCAUUGAUGUGGUAUAUCUCUUAUUUAUAGGUAUGAGAGAGAUGAGGUUGAAUACCCUCCAGCCAAAACAAAGAACAAAAUAAUCAAAAAAAGAAAAAAGAAAAGAAAACCAACUAGUUCCAGUACUGUCAUGAUUCAUUCCCUUGAUCAGAUUACAUGGUUUGUUUAGUGUUGGGUCCUUAUUAAGUUGGUAUGUGUUUAAGAUAAUGCUGAGGGGCUGGUUGUUAACUAUUAACAGAAUAGUUUUGCUUGUAGUUGAUUACAUUGCAAUGUGCCCUUUCAAAGUUGGAACAUGGCAUCCCCUAUAAUGUGAUGUAUAUUCCAUGUCAUGUUUGUUGAGAUCCAAAUUGAUGUAGAUGGGCAAUACAGACUUUCAAGGUAGGUUUGCAUUUUAA